AUGCAAACCACUUCGCAGCGUCAAGGCGACUGUGUCUCAUCCCAACAAGCUGCCGGCGCCUUUGCUACGUCUUCAGACCUAUUUUCAAGAUUCUCAACAGACUUUCGUCGUCCGUCCUCUUGUGUCUCGGUCGCCCGACGCCCGCCGUAUCGUUCAACCCUCGAUCGCUUUCCCGAUCUCCAUCUCCCCAGGACUGCAUCUCGAAACCGUGUGCAACCAGCAUUGGCUAAAUUGCUGCGGUUGUGA